AUGGAUUGGUGGGAACUGGAGUUAGAUGACUACUGCAAGGACCAGGAAGAGUCAGUGCUUAGAGGAACUGCCUAUGAGAAACAUCAUGGAGGCACUGGACGGAGGAUUCACUACGUGGUCAGUAAAGGGGGCAGCGAGGCUCUGCUGCAGGCCCUGGCCACGGCUGCCCGGACAGAGCCGCCUGACCACGGCACCCUCCUGCCCCUGCUGCGCCUGCUGGCCAGGGUGGGCCAACGAGAUAGGAAGUUUGGGCUUAAAGUGCAGAAGGCAGAAGCCACUGAUAUAAUACUGAGCUUGACCAGAAGACACCUGGGCCACCACCUGCACCUCACCCACUGCCUCUGGGUGCUGAGGGUUUGUGCUUCUAAUGUUACCACGGGAACUAUGCUGGGCAUCAAUGGAGCCAUGGAGCUGCUUUUCAAAGUCAUCACUCCCUACAGCAAGAGGCACGUCAGGACGGUCAGGGCAGCCAUUGGGGCUCUGGCAGCUCUGCUGAAAUCAAAGUCCAACAGCCGCAGGGCAGUGAACAGAGGCUACCUGGGGGAAUUGCUGAGGCUCUACCAAGACUGGCACCGCAAUGAUGUCUCCAACAACUACAUUUACAUCCGCAGGGGCCUCCUGCUCUGCCUGAAGUACAUCACCAACAUCCAGCUGGGCAGGGAGACUUUCCUUGGUUCCCGGGGAAUGGAGAUUCUCUUCACAAGUGUGCAGGACUGUUUAUCUUGUAAAAAUCUGGAUCCUAUCAUAACUACUGCGACUCACAUUCUGAGAAAGUGCUACCCCAAGGAGCAUCUGCCUGUGGUGACUGUAAGGAGUUCCUAUUCCUUCCCUCUUCCUGGGAAUGCCAGUGCUGAACCUCCAUGUGAGGGAUCUGAAGGUGACAGUGAAAGUGAAGGAGAGGAAGAGGAUGAAAAAGACUGGGAUAAUGAGGAUGUGGAGAGUAAAGAGGAGGACUGUGACUUGGAGACAGAUGUGAAUAAAUUGAGGUCAAGGCCAGUGCUUGACCGGCCAGAACAAGAACUUGAAAAAUAUGAAGCUCUGUGUGCAGAACUUUUCCAGAAUUUUCAGGAGCUUGAAUUUGAGUCUGAGGAAAAGAAGAGCUUGGAGGACAGGACUGAGAGUCUUCCCUCUGCUCCCUCUCAUUUCAUUCCAAGUGCUACUUCUGUGAAGCAUCCAAACUGCAGAUGGAGAAACCAAAGUGUCACAGAGAUGGGACUAGAUCCAGGAGAACAGGAUUUCAAAGUCCCAUUGCAGAGCUGGAGAAAGAAGGAGGAAUGCAUAUGGGAUAAGAAUGAUGAAAACAGAGACAUUGCUGAAAAAGCCCAGGAUAAAGAAUUCUGUGAGGAGAAAGAUCCAGCCAGGAGUCAUGUGUUUGCUUUGUGCUCCCUCCUAAAAGAUUCUGCUUGGUACAAAAAAGUGUUUUACCCUCAUUGUGAGGCCUCGAUCGAUCCUAGUCCUGAAGGGAGGCUGGAGAGCUCCGAUCUGGUUAGAAACCUUCUGGAGAAACACCGAGGGGAUAUCCCAUUCCACAGCCCUUGUUUCUAUGCAGCCAGGGCCCAAUGUGUGAAGUCCAUCCCAGGCUACAGAGAGCUGGCAUUCCCGGAUUUCUGGGGUCACCAGCCACCUCCUUACAGCAAGCCCGUGCUGGAGCGCAAACAUGGGCUCCAAAGAGACAAAGUCCUUGAUGAUGUUCGCCGCCUAAUCCAGCCGGGGGAUGUGAUAGGAAGAACUGUGUUUGAUUUAGAUGAUCCCAGCAGUCUCUCAGGCCCAGCUGCUCCAGGCUGUCUGACAUUUUUCUCCAAGUUUGAGUCGGGAAACCUUCGGAAGGCGAUCCAAGUGCGUGAGUUUGAGUAUGACCUCAUUAUGAAUGCAGAUGCGAACAGCAGCCAGCACCACCAGUGGUUCUACUUUGAGGUGCGUGACAUGAAGCCGGCGGUUCCCUAUCGCUUCAACAUCAUCAACUGUGAGAAGCUCAACAGCCAGUUUAAUUAUGGCAUGCAGCUGGUCAUGUACUCAGUGAGGGAAGCUCUCCAGGGCAGGCCCCGCUGGACUCGGGCAGGCCAGGAGAUCUGCUACUACAAAAACCACUACCGCUGCAGGAGUGCAGCUGCAGGAGGAGGAGGUGUGAGGAGAAGGUUCUACUACACCCUCACCUUCAGCAUCAAGUUCUCUCACAAAGAUGAUGUCUGCUACCUGGCCUACCACUACCCCUACACCUACUCCACAAUGAUGUCCCAUCUUGAUAUCCUGGAACAAAAUAGGAACCCUAGGAAGGUUUACUGGAGGCAGCAGACGCUCUGCCAGACUCUAGGAGGAAAUCCAUGCCCACUGCUCACAAUCACUGCCAUGCCUGAGUCUAAAAACAGAGAUGACCUGGAGCAUUUCUGCAGCCGCCCUUACGUGUUCCUCACAGCCCGUGUUCACCCUGGGGAGAGCAACGCCAGCUGGGUGAUGAAGGGCACCCUGGAGUUCCUGGUGAGCAGCGAUCCCAUUGCUGAGCUCCUCAGGAAGUGUUUCAUCUUCAAGAUUGUGCCCAUGCUCAAUCCUGAUGGAGUCAUCAAUGGCAACCUUCGUUGUUCACUGAGUGGAGAUGAUCUCAACAGGCAGUGGCUGACACCCAGCUCCCAGCUGCACCCAACAAUUUACCACGCCAAAGGUCUCCUCUACUACCUGAGCAGCAUUGGCCGGGCUCCUCUGGUCUUCUGUGACUACCAUGGGCAUUCCCAGAAAAAGAAUGUGUUUCUCUAUGGCUGCAGCAUUAAAGAGACCUUGUGGCAAGCAGGCUGCAUGGUUGACACAGCAGUUGUCACAGAAGAUGUUGGCUACAGGACUCUUCCCAAAAUCCUGGAUAAAGUGGCCCCUGCAUUUGUCAUGAACAGCUGCAGCUUCCUGGUGGAGAAGUCGCGGGCGUCGACAGCCCGUGUGGUGGUGUGGAAGGAAAUGGGGGUGCUCAGGAGCUACACCAUGGAAAGCACCUACUGCAGCUGCAGCCACGGGCUCUACAGAGGCCUGCAGCUGGGAACGCAGGAGCUGGAGGAGAUGGGAAGCAAGUUCUGCCUUGGUUUGCUGAUUCUGCACCUCAAAUCCCUGCCCUGCAGCAAGGAGCUGAUGGCUCAGGCAGCACUCCUGCUGGAUCUGGAGGAGGAGAUCACAGACAGGGCACAAAGAAGGUGCAGUAACAGCAGCCUGGAGUCUGAUGAUGAACCUCCUUGUGCAGAAGAGAUUGAUUAUGACACUGCCAGUAGCUCUGAUGGUGAAGAGGAAUUCUUGGAGCUAGACCAGGAGAUCCAGGAGUGCCUCUCGUGUGUGGAAGGCGAGACAGAAGAUGAAGGAGUGACCACAGGACAGACAUGCAGCUCCAGGGCUCUGAGGGGGCUCUACAUUUCCAGCCAGCCAGCACCCAACAGCACAGCUCUUCCUCUGGGCUCACCAGCACUCGGCCUGUGCCGUGGGUUUGAGAGCAGUCCUGUGUGAUCAAGGCUGCGACCUGAGGAGCAGCAAGAAAAUGGGUCACUGCUCGUGUUUGCCUGUUUGCCAGCUUCAGCACCCUUCCCAGAUGUGUUGCUCCUGGUUCUGAAUGGAGAGCUGACUGUCUGUUUGUGUAAUUUGUAUACAUACAUCUGCUGAGAACGACUCCUUACACUUUGUACCCAAGGCAGAGCGAGGGGCCACCAGCCCAGGUGGUACCAUGUGAGAUCAUCCAUUCCUAAACGUAACCCCAGCUUCAUGGCUGCCUCAUGGUUUCAUACAGAUUGACCUAAGGAACAGUAUUCUGAGACCAAGGAAUCAGAGAUGAUUCUCUUUUUCUGACUUUAGGCAGCCUUUGCCUGGAGAAGUGACAGUUAUUGAUGCCUUUCAGCAGAGCUCUCUGUUGCCAUUCUCUCUUGAGCUGUAGAGCAUGUCUCUGAUUUCUGUCUGAUCAGAAUUUUUACACUGCAUUCAACAGGUUGGGUCAGGCUGUGCAUAUUUCUGAGAUGGUUGUGUCUCAGCAACAGCAUGGGAAAUCCAAUGUGCCACAGUAAGGACAGCAGCAGUGACAAUUCAUAGUGAUCCUCUAGAAACCUGAGCUAAAUUCACCAAUAGAUUAGUGAUGGUGGCAAAAAUGGCAAAACCCUGGAGUGAAUUUAGCCCAAGCAACAAUCAGAACAGUUUCUUUAAUCUCCAAAUGGAGAAAAAUUAGAUUUCUCCUAAAAUUGCCUCCCAGUUCCUGAGAAUCCAGCACAGACAGAGAACCCAAACAUGUGUUCUGUAUCUCUAAAGCAUGAAGCCAUGUCACUUCAGCUCACACUUCACAUUGCCUGAUCUUGCCAAGUGUCUUAGACUCUGCUGCUGCAAAUGGGGAAUUGCCCUGAAUCCAGACGGAGAUAAUUUUAAGAUGCAAGACGCUCCCAACUCUGUCACUGCUUUGUGAGGCUCAAGGACAAGGAUGAAUGUGCUGAGUGUGUGUAGCA